AUGCGUUUCACUGCUGUCGCCCUUGCUGCCACCCUGGCUCUCGUUCAAGCGUCUUCUGCCGAGCUCGCCGUUGAGAAGCGUGGUAUUUUCGACUUCCUGAUUCCUGGUGGAGGUUUCCCCGAAACCGGAAUGUCGUGUGGCCACAAUCGCAACCUCGUCGGCUUGGGCCUCGGCAACGCUAACACCUGCACGAUGAUGAACAACGGUGGUUCCACGGGUCCUAUGCGAUGUGGCGGAGCUGAUUCCCUCGUCCAACUCGACCUCGGCAAUUACAACGGUUGCACCAUGAUGUCGAGCCCCUCCGACGCCCUCAUGAACCCAGCCACCAGUGGCUUCGGUGGUGGUGAUUUCUUCGCCAAGAGCACCGAUGACAAGAAGGUUGGUGCCGAAGACAAGAACAAAGCAUAG